GCACGCCAAGAUAAUGGAUAUGUAUCAUUAUUCUCCUAUUCGAUCUCGCAAAACCGAGCAUCACAUCGUCGUCACUAAACGCGUGUUGACCGCUAAAAGCCGCGCAAACACAUCGAGAGCCUCAGUGUUUCAAGGGUGGUGUACAUCCGAAGGAACAGGCUUGACAGACGACGUGUACCAGGCAAGUAUUAGAUUGACUUUUGAAUGUAAUGAAAUGGAGAACCCCGAUAAUCGCACAUAGUUAAACAGCAACGUUUGUGAGAGAACCAGAACAAUGCAUUGCCUCAUGUCGCCAUCAAAAAUCAAGAAGACGCCGCUCCACAUGGGAAAGAAGACGAAGCUUAGUGUUGCACCGCCUGAACUUCGGGAAUUCAAAUAGUAAGGUUAAGCUUAGCUAGGUACCCCGCCAUUCACCCCCACACCUCACGAUAACUGUAUCAUAUCAGCAACAACAUCAUCAUCAUUCUAGAACCUCACAACAAACAUACCCAAGAAGCUACCAUCACAACCAGCCAGAACAAUAUGGGUAGUACUCGAGAAGCCAGCCACGCCGGCUUGUGGUAUACAUCGAAUCCGAGCAAGCUAUCCUCGGAACUCGAUAACUGGCUAUCCCAAGUCCCCUCCACCAUUUCCGACACAAAACUACCCGUUCCAGGUGCUCGAGUCAUCAUUGCACCCCACGCAGGAUAUUCCUAUUCCGGACCCGCCGCCGCCUGGGCCUACGCAACCCUCGAUCUCUCCGCCGCAAAACGAAUCUUCCUCCUUGGGCCCUCUCACGCUUGGUACCUCACUGAAUGUGCACUAUCCAAACACUCGAAAUAUGCCACUCCCUUAGGGGAUCUAGCAAUCGACACCGCUCUCGUGCAAGAACUAUCCGCCACCGGGGAAUUCAAGAAAAUGUCGACCGACCAAGAUGAAACCGAGCACUCUCUAGAAAUGCAUCUCCCCUACAUCUACAAACUUCUCUCUCUCAACUUCCCCUCCCCCUCAUCCUUCCCCCCGCUAAUACCCAUCCUCGUCGGCAACACCAACCCCACCACCGAGCGAAAAUUCGGCUCCCUUCUCGCCCCCUACCUCUCCGACCCCUCCAACAUCUUCAUCAUCUCCUCCGAUUUCUGCCACUGGGGUCCCCGCUUCCAAUACACAUACUAUCUCCCCGCGAGUCCAUCUUCCGAAGCCCGUGAUAAAUCUGGCGGGUACUCGCUUUCGCGCCGGGACAAAGCACCGACGCAACCACCAAUUCAUGAGAGCAUAGGACGCCUAGAUCAAUUAUCCAUGGAUGCCAUUUCCGGGGGCGUGCAUCAAGAAUUUCUAGAUAAUCUGGAAGAGACCGGGAAUACGGUUUGUGGGAGACAUCCGAUUGGAGUGAUAAUGGCUGCGAUUGAAAAAGUGAAGGGGGACAAGAAUUUGGAUGAGGAAAAGGGCAAAUUCAAAUUCGUGAGGUACGAACGGAGUAAUGAAGUUACGAGGGUGGAUGAUGGUUCGGUAAGCUAUGCUAGUGCGUAUGCUGUGCUGUAAAUGCUGGAUUGCAUUCUAGAUUCCAUGGUGAGCGAUGAUUUGAUGAUUCGAUGAUUUCCUGGUGCUAAGAUGGGUCAAAUGGUCGGCGCAUUAUAUUUGGGAAUGGAGUUUCUUGGAGGUUUGCAUUCUGAGAUUUUUCUAAAUCAAUUUGUAACGCAUAACAACAAACUUUUUCUUUAGAACAUUUCUUUGACACAAGAAUAGAUAAAUCGAUUAAUCUCUAGCUCAAGUCCACAAGUGAGAAAUAUU